UCACACCUGCGAAGGAAGUAAAAAAAAACUGUUGAAGUUUAGUGAACAUGCAGGGGCUUACUCUGAAUUACACCUUCCGUAUUAGUCCGUUAACUUGGCUGGUUUCCCGCUUAAUUGUGGCUUGAUAUUCUGACACCGGUCUUGUGUCGAAGUGUGUUUCCCGUGGGGUGGGGGUGCCUCCGUGGUUGGGGGUAGGACUAAUGUUAGGUCAUUAGGCGUGGCAGAGAUAACUAGUUGGGGUUUGGGUUACGUUUGGAGUGAAGUUAGGCAUCUCAGAAGAUGAGUGGUUGUGCUUAGGGAUACAGUAAAGUUCAGGUUAAUAAAAGGGGGCCCACAUAUCCACAGGGGAACAUACUUCAACACAACACCGGGUCGCGUGGUAGCAUUUUAGGACCUACCACAUUGUCAGAGAGCGAGCAGGGUCGCACUGAGUGGACCGCUAGUAGUCUGUAGCUCGUCGCCAAACAGAGAAAGCUGAAUUAUUGUGCCUCUUCAGGGAAGUCUGCGCGACCUACCAAAGCGGUAUGCAGUGAAUAACCUCUGUACCUCCACGUGUGUUGUUCUGGUUCUUAGACUCCAUCUGUCCUGUGCUCGAGACAUCCUGACCAGUUUUGUCCACUCCAGCCCAAGACAAAUGUAAUUUGGAUUUGUCCCAUUUCUGUUUUGGCAAGUCCAAGUUUUGUCCAUGGCUGGUAAUGUUUUAAAUCAGUAACCACUCAGCGCCAAGCUGGACCCGAAGACGUCUCCUCCCUUUACCUGUUCCUGCUCCACUGCCCCGCCCCCUAAACAGUUUUUCCAACACAAAGCGCGGCCCCACGAUUCAGGGCUCCGGUUGGCCAUCGAGGAGGAGAAAGAGAAAGAGGAGGAGUAUUUCAGUGAGGCAAGUCUGCCAGCUGACCUCCAGGAGUCCACGGCCUCCUACCGAGAUGCAGAGACCAUUACUGAUGUGUGUAACAGUACUGAUUUGCCGGAGCUUGAGAUUAUCAGCUUAUUGGAGGAACAGCUGCCGGUCUACAAGCUGAGGGCCGACACCAUCUUCGGCUACGAGCAAGAUGAUUGGCUGCACACGCCACUGGUGGACCCCAACUCUUCCCUGGACCUGACUACUGAACAGAUAGAAGAGACCCUCAAAUACUUCUUACUGUGUGCUGACAGAGUGGGCCAGAUGACGAAGACCUAUAGUGACAUUGAUGCUGUCACUCGACUGCUGGAAGAGAAAGAGCGCGACUUGGAAUUAGCAGCUCGCAUUGGCCAGUCACUGCUGAAGAAGAACAAAGCCCUCAGUGAGAGGAACGAACUGCUGGAGGAGCAAGUAGAGCACAUACGAGAGGAGGUAUCUCAGUUGCGUCAUGACUUGUCCAUGAAAGAUGAGCUGUUACAGUUCUAUACCAGCGCUGCCGAGGAAAGUGAGGGGGAGUCUACCACCUCCACACCUGUGCGUCCCAGUGAAAACAAUGUGUCAACUCCAAUGUUUUUCCCCCUGGACUCGUUGCAGAAGAAACUCAAAGAUCUGGAGGAAGAAAACAAAUCUUUGCGCUGUGAGGCCAGUCAUUUGGAAACAGAAACUAUUUCCUAUGAGGAGAAAGAGCUGCAACUUGUCAAUGACUGCGUCAAAGAACUACGUGAUGCCAACGUGCAGAUUUCCUCUCUGGCUGAAGAGCUGGCUAGGAGGACUGAAGACGCCUCCAGACAGCAGGAGGAGAUCACACACCUCCUCUCCCAGAUUGUAGACCUCCAGAAGAAGGCCAAGAUGUAUGCCGUGGAGAACGAGGAGCUGACUCAGCACUUAGGGGCAGCCAAAGACGCCCAGCGACAACUCACUGCGGAACUGCGAGAGUUACAAGAUAAGUACGCAGAGUGCAUGGAGAUGCUGCACGAGGCUCAGGAGGAGCUGAAGAACCUGAGGAAUAAAACUCUACCACUCAGCACACCGAGGCGUUUCCAUUCUCUGGGUCUGUUCCCAAUGGACUCUCUGGCAGCAGAAAUAGAGGGCACCAUGAGGAAGGAACUUCAGAUGGAUGAUCCAGAUGUAGAAGAGCAGAGACUACACCCAAAGCGAGUGUUCCAGACAGUGAAAAACCUGAACCUGAUGCGUCAGCAGCGUUCAUCGCUAGCCCCCUCCCCCCUCAACAUCCCAGGCUCCAAUCAGACAUCAUGCCUCACCUCAGGGCUCUCCAGCAGGGUGGGCACGCCACGCUGCAACUCCAUAUAUGGCAGCGAGACGGGAAGUGGGAUCAUCCUGGACAAUCGGACUAGCAGUAUCCUGGAGGGUCCAGAUGAUGGGUCAGAGGACUCUAACAAGAGGACCCCCGGAACCCCAGGGACGCCGGGCAGCAGGGACCUGGAGGCAGCCCUGCGACGUCUGUCUCUCCGCCGAGACAACUACCUCUCAGAAAAACGCUUCUUCGAGGAUGAGAGGGCGAGAAAGCAGGCUUACCUGGCCAAAGAGGAAGAAAGGGGAGGUGAAGGAAGCAGUGGAGGCCUGACGACACCGACCGAGAGCCUGUUGUCGCUGUGCUCGCAUCCCUCCUUAGGAAGCGCCUGGUCGGGCUACUCAUUCACAGCCAGAUCGUACCUGCCAGAUAAGCUGCAAAUUGUAAAGCCACUAGAAGGCUCUGCUACUCUGCAUGCAUGGCAGCAGCUAGCUCAACCCCACAUGGGAGCUCUGCUGGAUCAUCGGCCUGGCGUGGUCACAAAGGGCUUCCGCACUUUAGCACAUGAGCAGGAACAGGAAGACGGCUGGCACCUGGACCAACCAGAGGAGGACGAGGUUUCAUGUGACUCAUUCACUGGCUUAUCAGAAGAGAGCUCUGUUCCCAUGGACCGGCCUUGCUCUACCUCUUCUCCUUUUGUCUGCUGCAUCAACAAUGGAGACGUUGAUGAUCAAAGCCAAUCGGAUAAAUUACUAGGAGACGUAUGCAGGGCAAGAGAAGCGAUUCAAGUCAAAGAUGGACAUGUUGCAAACAUGCCUCUUUCCUUCUCCUGCCCCUCCCCUUCUUCUUCACCUCCUCUCCCCUCUUCUUCCGAGAUGAACGGGCACGUGGACCUCAAGGAGCUCCAGGCCUUACAGCCCGCUACAAUGGACCGUUUGUCUGUUAAUUACCCAGGGAAGUGUAUGUCCCAUACUAACUCUACAUACACCUUCACCACCUGCAGGAUUCUCCACCCCUCUGAUCAGCUGACAUCUGUGUCACCAAGCUCAGCUCUUGGUUCUUGUCAGAGCAGUGCUUGCAUCGGCACCCCUACCCCCAUCUCCUCUCCUAUACCCUUCUCUGCCCCGCAUACACCUUCCUACACCCCCUGCUGCACCCCACGUCGUCUCUCCCUCUCCCUUUCACUAGCCGAGUCCUCCACCAACCUUAGAGACUCCACUAAGACCACCAGCACCUCCCUCGGCCUGGUGCGCCUUCUGCUGGAGCAUGGGAUUUCUGCCUCAGUGUAUGACCCCCGCAGCUGGGACCGAGGGUUCGACGCCAGCGGAGCUUCAACACCCGUGGGAAGAACCCGAGCGCGAAGAAGCACCGACACACCAGAGGAGACUGACCCCAGACGAGUGGAGAAACGCCCAGACAGCCUCCUCUUCCAGCCUUCCACCCCACCCAACUACCCUCUUUCUAAUUCUGCCUUUUCUACCACCACCCGCCCUGCGUUUCAGUUCAGCCCUUCCACUGAUGACCCGCCAUUUUAUGACACCUUCCUUGCCUCAAAGCCGGCUCGUACCAUUCUGAGGGAAGUGCUGGGGGAGGCGGAGAGGGAGCGUGUGGGGCAAACAGAUGAUGACAGCCAAACCGAGAAGCUGAACCUGCGACUUGUGGACAAACUAAAACGUUUCCGCACCCUCUCCCAUCAUGCUGGUUCUGUUCCAUCUGGGAGUACUCUGUUAGCCCCCUUUGGCUCUACUGGAGUUGGGAACAGUGCACUGGGUGGGGGGCUUCCAGGUUUGAAUGCAGGGCUAAGGAGGAAUCGAAGCUAUCCUGCCAUGGUAGGGGCCAGUAUGGCUAUGAAAGACCCAGGAGGCCCCCCCAGCGCAGAGAUAGUCAUACCACACAUGAUGCAAACCCCACAUACCCAGCACACAGUGCACACACAGGAAAUGGACAAAACGCAAAGAAAUCACACACUGGCCAUACCACAGACACUCCAUGAACUAGAAAUGGUCCCACCACAGACGAUAAAACCGAGACGCACCAGGCCAAGUGACGGACUGUGGUAUUUAACGUGCACGGACCAACACAGUGACGAUGAAACUGGGACAUAAUAGGAGAUAUUCAAAACCAAAAAUCCUCCAAGACUAUAUAGACAUCCGUCAGCUAUGGAGUAUGCCCAGACCAAACAGCUAGAGUGAUGAGCAGUGCAGUCCACCUACAGACUCAACUAGUCCAGACUCUGGAUUUCAACAGUCAGUAAAAUAAAUUAAAUGGUGGACUAAGUCUGACACUGUUACACUGUGUUAUAUCCAUAUACUGUCAGACCAUACUAAUGAUGGAGAAUGUUGCCUUCCUCUGUGUCCAUUGUUAUUGUAUAUUGUAUAUGCAAUAUACUGUGUCAUAUAAUGUUAAAGGCUCAAUCUGGUGGAAGUACUGCAGAGCCUCUCUUUGGUCUCAUGUCCCUUCUCAUCCUGUAUGAGUGCACUUUAGAAAAAAA